AUGUUCAAAUCUCCUUACACCAUCGAUAUUCCUCUGAUCGAUGUCAAUACUUUCGUCUUUCAGUCUGGAAGUAGAGCAUCGCGUGAAGCACCUCAAUACUUCGACGCAGACACGCCUGCAAAAUGUUUUAGUUUAGCCCAGGGUGAAACCUAUUCGAAAAGGGUUGCUCUUGGGUUGCAAAGACUCGGGCUUCGAACAGAUGACCGUGUUCUACUGUACUCCAACAAUCGACUCUUCUUUCCAGUUGCGAUCUGGGGAACAAUUGCCGCGGGAUGCAUUUUUACUGCAGCCUCUCCCACGGCAUCGUCGUCCGAAUUGGCUUACCAGUUACGGGAUUCCGGGGCAACAUUGCUACUCACUGGGCCGGACAGGAUUGACGUCGCUCUUAGUGCUGCGGUCGAGGUAGGGUUGUCACGGGACAGGGUGUCAGUCUUCCAUGAUCCAGAUGAAGAUCUAUCGGCGUAUAAUCUUCACGGCCUGAAAUCAUGGACAGAAAUCUGGACAUCUGAAGAAGGUGUGCGAUAUUGGUCUUGGAAACGGCUCUCCACCCUCGAAGAAGCUGACAAAAAGACGGCAAUUAUCAACUAUUCCAGCGGAACCACUGGGUUGCCUAAAGGGGUGCAGAUCUCUCACUAUAAUCUCGUCUCCAACUCCGUGCAGCUGUUAUUCAAGAGAGCUUUGGUUGGACGAACACCACAAGCACGUGCUCGCAAGGAACGACUCGAUGUCUCGGGUGAGCGAUGGCUGGCGCCUCUGCCCAUGUACCACGCUUAUGGUCAAACCUACUACGUUAUAAAUGCCGCCGUGCUAGGGGCGAAGGUGUUCAUCAUGUCAAAAUUCAACGUCACGAAAUACUUACAGUACCUCGACGCCUAUCGUAUCACAUUCAUGACAGGCGUACCGACCGUUAUCGCAAUGCUGUGCAAGCAAGACGUUCCGGAAAGAUACAAUCUGAAAUCUCUCGAGCAAGUCGUCAGCGGCUCGGCGCCUCUUGAUCCAAAACUAGGGAAGCUUCUAGCAACAUUGUACCUUCGACCAGGCGUACAGGUCAAGCAAGGCUGGGGAAUGACAGAGUGCACGUGUUCUGCGACGGGCUUCUCACCGGAUGAGGAAGAUGAUGGACGCUCGAUUGGUUGGCUGAAUCCUAAUUGUGCUGCAAAAAUUGUCCCUGUGGAUGAGGAGUUGAGCAAAUCUGCUGUCACGGAACAGCAGGCUGGAGAAAUAUGGUUAUCUGGACCAAACAUCAUGAAGGGAUAUUGGAAUAAGCCUGAAGCCACUGCAACCACGAUUGUCGACGAAGACGGUCACCGUUGGUUGAGGACUGGCGAUAUUGGAUACUGUGAUGAUCAAGGGAAAUUCUAUAUUGAACUUAUCAAGAUCAAGGGCCUGCAAGUUUCGCCAACAGAGCUUGAGUUGACACUUCUCAAUCACCCUGAGGUGACAGACGCCGCUGUUAUGGCUGCUAAAAUAGACGGGGAGGAAUACGUUCGGGCUUUCGUUGUCCGCAAGAACGAUACACUCACGGCGAAGGAACUAUUCGAGAUGAUCCAGCAGAAUUUCGCUCCCCACAAAUGGCUAACCGGAGGGAUCUACUUCGUUGACGAAAUUCCAAGAACAGGCAGUGGGAAGAUCAUGCGGCGAAAGCUGCCUGAAAUGCCGUCGGCUCGUCCUUUGAAGUUGUGA